AUGGCUUCAGCAUCGGAGUCUCAUGACAUCGCCGGUGCCUUCUACGAUACCUUAGCCGACAGUCGUAAUGAACUGAUAGCCCGCUACAUUCAGCAACGAACAGGCAAAGUGCGUACAAGGAAGCAGGUCUCCAGUCACAUCCAAGUGUUGGCGCGUCGCAAGUCCAAGGAACUGCAAGCAAAGAUUCGCGAUCCUGAGAUUAAGAAGGAGACCAUUAACCAGUUGGCAAAGCUCUCGUCAGCUCAAAUCGUCUCACGAGAUGUAGCAAAGGGUUUACAGUCCGAAGGGAAUGUGAAAUUUCAUCCGCAACAACCUCUGCCUUCACCCACCUCCUCUUGCUCUUCCUCCGCUGCUGCUGCUGCGGCUGCGGCCAUCGCCGCCUCGAAUCAGCUCCAUCAUACCUUCCACGGCCAACAGCAAUAUCCGCGCCAACAAGUUCCCUAUCGGCCGACUCAUUCCACGAGAAAAUCGUCGAUUGGGGAGGGAGCACCACAGCGAAAGAUGAUGCGGCUUGCGGAACCAGAAGUAUACGACACAGCCGAUAGUUUCCUCUCUCUCAACAAUGGCCAGCAUCCCGCCAUACACACAGGACGAGGUGGAGAUCUGAAGCUUUGUUCUUCAGCCAUCUCACACCGCGUAGUCAUGUCCGGACCUCCACCAAAUGCAUUUCCCUCCGAUACCCAUUACUCCAGUCUCUACGUCCGUCCGCACAACCCUAAUCCGCACCACAAUCCUCAUCUCGCACAGCAUACCACACCGCUGCCACCGCUGCUCGAGAUGAGCGAUUGCGGCAGCGACAGAUGUGUGCCCUCAGCAGCUCCGCCACUACCGCAGCACCCGCCACCGCCACCACCACCACCACCCGACUUUAGCGCUAUGCAACUUGCAGCAGCAGCUGGUCUGGAGCACUAUUUUUCUACUGGUCGAUCGUCUUCCAUCGAGACGUGUCUCUAUCCAAAUGCCUUUCAACCACCACCACCGCCUCCUCCUCCUCCUCCCCCACCCCCACCACCACCCUCUACACAAUCGGUCGCAUCAACCGCUGGACCGCCUCCAGCGCCUCUGCCGCAGAUUCUUGAACCCAACCACUCACCUUCCGACUUUGGCAUGCAGCGGUGGAUUAACAGAUCCAUCGCCUCGGAGAAACUGCGCCUCGUUGAGCUGUGUGCAUUUGUCGAAUACCCCUGCCAAAUAUCAGAUUGCGCUGCUCAAGAUUUGACCCUGAAUCCGGAGUCAGCACCCAUGAAGCAGCACAAUUUUGCGCACAUAACGACGAACGGCCUGCGCUCAUCUGAUCCUGUUCUUGAAGAAGUGGAUGCCAGCCAAAUAUGGGACAAAUUCCCAACUGAUGGACUCAAGCAACGCAUUGAAGAGGACUCACCCAACGUCUUUUUCCUCGUGAAGCUCUGGGCCGACAUCAAUACCGAACUUCCCGAGGGCGCAAAUUAUGCUGUUUCCUCUAUAUUUGAAGGAACAGAAGAUGUGCCUUUACUCGUAUCCACACGACUUUGCUCCUACAGCUCUCCAUUUGUGGAAAAACUCGAGUACGAGAGCCCAGUACUGGAAAAUGGCCGGUACGUGUACAAACAACUACGAAGCCCAAUGUGCGCAUGCAUGAAGAAGUUCAUCGCCAAGUUGCUCAAACUGUCGUCCCUUGCUGAAAUGAAUCAAGUACUUGAAAACUUCACCAUCCUUCAAAUUGUGACAAACAAGAAUACGGACGAAGUACUUCUGGGCAUUGCCUACGUUCUCGAGGUAUCAAAGUCUCUGAGGGGAGCGCAGCACAAUAUUUACCGCCUUGCCAAACCUGACGUGUCCACCACUAAUCAGCGACCGCCUUCAGUAAACCUCAAUGGCCAACUACCCCCCUCCACUACCGCGGUUGAUUGA